GCCUCAGUGCAGGGCAGGUCGCCGUCGGGUAUGGAUCCCUCUCGUCUGAGGAACUUUAUUCUACCCUUAGGAGGCGCUUUACUCUUAUCUGGUGUCGCUGGAACGAUCUACUAUUACCUCACGAAGAAGGAUGAUGAAGAUGAGCACGUGUUGCCUGAUACAAGAGAUAAUCAAUGGACGACUGCAGAAGUGCGUGUCCCAACCGAAUGUGUUGGUCUGGUCAUAGGGCGACAGGGGGCCAACGUCAAACUCAUCCAGGAACGCACUGGUACAAAGAUCAACUUUGGAGAUGAAGAACUUGAUGGGCAUAGAAUAUGUCUUAUACGAGGCCCGGAAGAAAAUGUCACCACAGCACAGAAACUUGUUUUCAAAGCCAUUUCGGAUCAGCCUGUCAUCGAAUCAACUGAAAUGUUUGUUCCUCAGUACUCAGUCGGGCGGAUUAUCGGCAGAAGUGGAGAGAGCAUAAGAUCGGUGUCGCGAAUAAGCGGCGCAAAGGUUGACGUGGAAAGGGAUGAAGAACAGUCGCAGUCGACGAGGAUCCAAGAGGAUAUGAAGAGGAUAGUGCUCAAAGGCAGCAAAGAACAGAUAGAUGCGGCCAAAUCACUGAUCUUAGAGAAGGUGGCAGAGGAGGAGGAAAUGAGACAGCAGAUCCAGGCCUCGGCGGUUAACAUGUCAAUGAGAGCAAGAGGCCGCCAAGCCCCACUGGAAAAUGGGGGCAGUGAGGCAGCUAUGAAUGGCUCUAUGCACCAGGAAUGUCUGUCUAUGCCAGGUAGUGAUCGUUUUAUUGAAACAUAUGUGUCUGCAGUAGACUCGGCUGCACAUUUUUGGCUUCAGGUUGUAGGGCCAAGGUCCAUCCAGCUAGAUAAAUUAGUGACAGAAAUGACAGAGUAUUAUGAGGACGAAGACAACCGCGAACUCCAUUUACUUGAAAAGGUGAAGAAAGGUGACAUAGUAGCAGCCAAGUUCCCACAUGAUGACUCGUGGUACAGAGGACAAGUUUGCAGUUAUGAGCCCAAUGAGGACGACCCUUCUCAGGGGCUGGUCACGGUGUACUACGUUGAUUUUGGAGACACGGAAACCAUCAAAAUGAAUUGCGUGUUUGAGCUCAGAACAGAUUAUCUUAAGCUCAACUUUCAAGCAAUUGAAUGCUUUUUAGCAAACGUUAAACCUGAAAGUGUGAAAGGAGACGAGGCUGCAGAUGCCUUUGAAGAACUGACCUAUGCAGCCCAGUGGAAAGUAGUAAUGGUGAAAGUAGUUGGUUACCAGCAAGGAGGUGACAAGACUAUACCAUGCGUCCGUAUCAUAGACACCAAUGGUCCUACAGACAUUGAUGUUGCUGAAGAAUUGGUGAAAAGAGGAUUAGCAGAAUGGACAAAUGGGGGACCUUCCACUCCGUAGUCUUAUGAAUCUACUAAUUACUAUGAAGAUGUGAUUGUUGCAUUGAUUUCAGGUUGCUUUUACUUUAGGUCUGUGACUCCACAAGCAUGUGGAUCAACCCUUUGUAGAGGGACACAAACAAAGAGAAUGUGAUGAGACAGGAAGAUUUCUCCUUUUGAACAUCACUCGGCCCUUUUGUUAUUACAAAGCAUUUAUAGGUUACUCAGGGUAAUAUAGGUCAGAGAGAAUUUAACUAAAGAAUGAGGGAAGUAAGAAUAAUGUAUUUGGAUUGCAUUUGAGGUUCUUGUUCCCAGCACACAAGGGAAUAAAUGUAAAUGUGAAAGAAUUUGUCAAUAUACUUUUCAUCUGAAAAAUUACUUUUUUGAUAGAUGUGGAGGGGGUUUUCAGUAUAUUUGGGAAGUAUAUCAAUAUAUAGAUUUGUAUAAAAAAAAGAGAAGUAUAUUAAGAUUGCACUGUUUAACUAAAGAAAAAGAGUUUUAUGCAUCCUAUGUUAGUCUAAGGGGAACUUAGACUAAACAGGCUGAGUGGCAAGUUAAACAGUGCAAAGUUGGAAAGUUUCAAGAGAACACAAGAAGACUUUACCUAAAGUUGACCCAUUGGCCAUGGGUACAUGUACUGUUCACUGUAGUUUUUAGUGAAUUUUGUUGCACACAGGUGGGUCUACAAGUACUCCAAGGAGUCAAUUAGUAGGCCCAGGUGACUUCACCUGGUUUCCCUGUUCCUGUAAUUAGCAGCAUUAUAAAGUAGUGUGGUAAUGACAGGAGUAGAAAGAGGGGGAGUAAAUGGGGUAGGAUAGGGAUUACCCCUCAAUGUAAUUAAUAUCAGUUCUGUUAUUAUUAUUAUUGAUAUUAUAAUGUCAUUGAAAAUUUAAUAACAAUAGAGAAUUAAAAAAUAGUAUUUCCAGAAAUCAGAAAAAAGGGUAGAGGUGACAUAGGUAGGACUAAUAAUUGACUCCUAAGCACUUGUGGAGCCAUCCUUGUUUAAAUACACUAAAAUUACAGUGGACAUAAAUGUAUACCGUGCCGUCCAUAGCCAGUUGGUUGAAAGUAGUGAUAUAUUUGCCUAGACUAUUAUUCUGCUUUUUUUGUUGAUUUUAAAAGCAGUAGAUUUGUUAAAUUUGUUCCUCUGUGGGUUGUGUAGAAAUUGUUUAAAAACAAAAACAAUUGGAUGAUGAUGAUAAGCUGGGCAUGUAAGGUCAUGUUUUGAUUAAAGUUGUAAGUCAGUAUUCAUUUAGCUUCGUAACAGAAAUUGAUAAAGAAAUAAGUAAAUAUAUAUAUAUAUAUAUAUAUAUAUAUAUAUAUAUAUAUAUAUAUAUAUAUAUAUAUAUAUAUAUAUAUAUAUAUAUAUAUAUAUUUAUAUGUAUAUAUAUGUAUAUAUGAUAUAUGAUAUGAUAUAUAUAUGCUGACAGGAGAUAAUGACAAUAAUGUACUUAUUUUGCAGGAAAGUACUAAGAUACUGGCAUGGAGUAGUUGGCAUAACUGAAUUUGAAGAUGAUAGCCUUACUAAUUAAUUUUUUGUACCUGUUGAUAUAAACAAAACACCGUAGUUUAAAGACAAAAAAAGAAAAGACGCCUUAUUGGGGUUGUGAUACUUUUCCAUAUCUGAUAUUUCUAUGACCUGAGAUCCAGUCUUUCAUAGCUUAACUACUGAAAUUUUGUACUAACUUUGUGUUCACUUAGGUAAAGUCACAUCUGUAAAUAAAGAAGAAGAGUAAGUAACUAAAAUAACUUGGAUGUAGCUUGUUUUUCUUUUUCAGUCAGCCAAUUUGAAUGAGAAAAAUAUAUUGUAGCAUUAAUUUAAUUGAAGUUAGUGACCUUUUUACCUUUAUUAUUUGCAAGCAUUUAAAGACUUACAGCCAUAUUAUUAACACUUAGAUACGAGGGUCCACAUUUUCAUUACCAGUUUCAUAUUGCUUAAUUAUUACAUUUGUACAUUUUAGUGUUAAACCAGUCACACUCAGAACUGGUAUGGAAAAUGACUCGAUAGAUGGACAGUGGUUCUCAUAAUCCUUAGGUCCAAAUGUAGUUAAAAAAAAAAAAAAAAAAGGCAGUCUUGUACUAAGUUUUAAUGAUAUGGACAAUGCUGGCUUUGGAAACACAAUACAAACAAAAAUAGUACUAAUCCUAGUCAUCUUCAGAUUGAUACUGAGCUUUAACUUGUGACAGAUGAUAUUCAGGUUUAAUGCUUGUUUCUACAAUUGUUUUAUAUGCCUACUUUACUAUUCAUUGUUCAUAUUACUUUAUGAUCUUCAGGGCUGAAGUUCCCUUGGCAAAGGACUUUUUCACUUAUAACGGUUAUGAAUCAUCCAUAUGUCUAUAUUUGGUGAUUUGUCUUCGCUACUUGUACAUAUGAUUAAAUAACGUUUGAACUCUGUUGAGUUAGAAUUACAUGGUGUUCACAUAAAGAUCUUUGUUUUUACAUAUCGUAAACAGGUAUGAUUUUUCUGUUAAGCAACAUUAGGAUUUUAUUUUACGAGACAUUUUUUUUCCGGCAUAGUUAUGAUUGAUUAAUAAUUAAUAACUGUACACACUGCUGAAUGAGGCUUUUUGUUACUUAAUACUUUUAUGUAUUAAAUUAUGUGGAACACUUUUGAGGAAUGUUUUUCCAAAGGAGUAAUUUUUUUUUUCUUUUUUUCUUUUCUUUUCUUUUCUUUUCUUUCUUUUGCCUGUUCAGAGCAUUUCUGACUUGCAUUUCUUAGGUGUAUAAAUCACACUUUGUUAAUAGUUUAAUUUGAUUUUGUAAUUAUUUGGUUUGCAUAUAUUAUGCAAGUCCUAUGUAGCAGAAAGUACAACAUUAAUACAAUAAAAUGAUUUACAGAA